UUAGGUUAAUGUUAACCGUAACUACAGAAAUUGUUUUAUUUUUCUAAAUUUCUUUUCAUUUUACACACAUUUAUCUCCGGUGUUUCUUUCAACGGGAAAUUAUUUGUCGUGUUGCGGAUUACUUUACUAAGUAACAAUUAUUUGAGCAAAAUAAACAGACAUUUUAUCAAUCUAAAAUUCAACACUAGUUCAAAGUUUGACCUUUAAAGAUCCUCUAAAUAUGGCAGUAUCGGGUAGAAAGGUUGCCGAUUUUCAAGGUUCCAUAUCCAAACGCUCAGCAGAGGACUUUGACCAUAGAUGUGAACCAUGUUUGGCGAUUGGUCAGCAAAUAGAAGCUCAUGGGUUUUGUGUGGACUGUCAAGAACACUUGUGUAAGAACUGCUUUGCUUAUCAUCAAAGGUUAAAGGCGAACAAACAUCAUCAGUUGGUAAACAAAGAUAAUAUGGCUAAACAUGCUGUUAGCAAGGAGUCAGACGAAUGCACUGAGAGGUGUCAAGUGCACAAAAAGGAAGUAAUUAAAUUUUUCUGUCCAAAACAUGAAGCUCUCGGCUGCAACGAUUGUAUCGUUCUGAAUCACAGAGCAUGUGAUAUUUACUAUAUACCUGAGAAAUGUACUGGUAUUGGGGACAGUGCAGAGUUCAGAGAGUUACUAAAGGAACUUGAUCAAAAAGUAAAUGAGGCUGAUAAUAUUGUAAAACAGGCUUCAAAUAGAGAAAAAGAAUUAGAUUCUUGCUAUGAUAAGCUAUUCAAAGAAAUUUCAAUGUUUCGCAAAGAGAUAAAUGAUCGUUUAGACCAACUACAAAAGCAAAUCCAGACAGAUGCUGACAAAAAGAAGUCCACAGAUAAACAAACAGUAAAGAAUAUACUUGAAACAUGUACAAACAUUUCUUCAGAUAUCAAACAACUACAGUCAAGACUACAAGAUUACAAAGCCUCACAGCAGAAUGGACAACUUUACAUUGCAAUGAAACAAGCUAAAUCCAAACUAAAGUCAGACGGAAUAAAGGAGGCAGACAGAAGUUUAGAAGAUACAAACAUGCAAUACACAUUUGAUCAAAACCAAGACCUGGAAAACAUGCUUUCAAGACAAAAUGCUCUCGGAAAGCUCACUCUCUCUUCUGGUGUAACUUCAAAGAGGAUGAAACCGAUUGACAAAUUAACCCGCAAAGAAAACAUAAAUAUAAUGACGAAAUCAGACCUGGAGGCGUGCUGGAUCUCAGGAUGUGUUGUCCUGUCCUCUAGCAAACUUGUGGCGGCUGACCGUGCAAACGCGAAACUGAAAGUUGUUGACAUGAAUGAUAAAGCUGUAAUAGAAGAGACAACACUUCCUUCGAAACCAUGGGGCAUUGCAGUAAUGCCUCAGGACCAUAUUGCUGUGACAAUGCCAGAGAAGAAAGAGAUUCUUAUAAUGACCACAGCUGGUAAACUGUCAACUGUCCGCAAGUUUCCAGUCAAAGGAGGUUGUAGAGAUAUAGCUUACCAUCAAGAUCAUCUUUAUAUAAUUUGCAGUGAUCCGAAAUGUGUGUUUAUUACAGAUACACAAGGUAACGCCCAGAACACAAUUUUACUGGAUAAUAAGAGAUUUGUCGAUUCAUACUACUUACUGCCAAGUAAGGAUUCGAGACAUAUCUUCAUCAGUGACCUUGGUAGCGACAGUGUUGUCAGUAUAACAUUACAGGGUGGUAUAUCUGCUGAAUACAAAAUCAAAAACUCUAAAUACACACAUGGAAUGAUGAUGCUAGAUGAUGGAUCCUUGCUGGUGUGUCACGGUUGGAAUAAUGGCAGCAUACAUCGUAUCUCGGGUGAUUUGAAGCAAUGUCACACAAUGAUACAAGCUCUAUCAUACCCACGGUCUAUGUGCUAUAAUCGUAAUCAACAUGAGGUCUAUGUUGGAUGUUGGGGUGAUCAUAUUAUUGUGUUUAGUGCCAAAUAAUGUGUUUUAUGACACAGCAAACAGUUUGGAUCAUGCAAAAGUACAGUACCGUGUCAUAUUUCAUAUGCCUUCUUUAAAAGAUGUUACAGAUAUGAAUAGAAUAAUUCUAAACAUUUAAUCCCUAAUAGUAAGGGAACAUUUUUAUCUGCUUACACAGGCACAGUAGUGAUAAACUAGAAAACUGUUUAAUGAAAUUUGAAGCAGUUUAACUCUGACUGAACUAUUGAUAAUAUAAUCAGAGUCCGAGUUAUGUGUUUUGUUACAUCCUCCAUGAAUGCUGUACAUAUAUAAUCUUUCAUUUUAACAUACAGUAGGCUACAUUGUUCCAAUCCAUCACUU